AUUUUGAUAGUACAUUUUGUCAUUUGUAUUACUUUAUUAUGGAACAAGGAGGAGUCAGUGAACGCCUGUUUAAUAAAGAAAUCAUCCCUUCAAUCAGAAAACGUUCUUGGCAGUUACCUUACUCAAUGGGUAACUGGACUUAGCUUAAUGACAACAUUUUUGUGUUGCGAAAUGCUUGCUUUUGUAUUUGGAUUAACAAUGUUUAACAGCAAUUCUGCUUUAUGUUCUAUUACAGGACAUGUUUUGUCUUGCUUAUUUUUAACAGGAAUAAUGCUAAAUGGUUGGCAAUGUGGUUUGUUUUGGUGGAUAUUUUGUCUCGGAAGUGCCUUGCCGUUUACUUAUGAUGCGAUUUUUGUGAUUAAAAUAGUGAUCGCAAGAAAAUAUUGAUAACCGUGCAUAUCAAAUGUAGAUAGUUCAGUUUUCAAGAAAUUCUAAAAGGUGUGAUCAAAAAUAUUAUUAAAAAUAAAGUGAAAAGGUAACAAAAAUUUAAAUUAAUCUCCUUCAAAGUACCGCUAUUGGCAAGCAUUUCUGGAAAGAUUCUUUGGGUUUGUAAUGACCUCAAUAACAAGAACGUUGUCAAAAGUUGUUGAAAGAGUCAGAAGUUUUAUGAUCUAAAUCUGGCGAUUAAAACAAAUGUGGAUAGACAACAAAUCCCGAAAAAAAUUCCGUAUGCUUUCUUGUUUUUAAUGAAAAUACAUGAAUUAAAAAUCAGUAGUAAUAACCCAAGGACAUUGAUAAUUGUUCGAGAACAUUUUUUAACAGAUUUCGAAAAGUUGUCUACGGCGGGGUCUGUCUAUAAGCAACAAGCUUGACAAAGUUGUGCAGUUCCUAGGACCACUCCGGGCUGUGGGGCAAGUUCAGUUGCGGGCCUACGGACCGCACCGGGGCUCAACGUAUCAAAAGAAUUUUUUUCGCAAUUAAUUUUUUUAAAUCGGGCAUGGUAUUUUAAUAAAAUUAAUUGUAUUGAGUAUACGAUGACAAUGUUUAUAUCUUUAUUUUUGUUGUCGCUAUUACAAUCAAAUGAUGGGAGUGUAUGAAAUAUAUUUAUUAAAAUAUUUGUAAGGAAUAUAAAGUCCGAACAGUAUUUUUUGAUCGCACCUCGCAAUACUAUUUUCCAAUCCGGUUCUGAAUAAUAUUUUUUACUCAAUGAUCAUUCUAACAAGACAUAUGAAACAUAAUUUGAGUGUGAUAAUUUUAUUUAACAAUUAAAGGUUAUCGGAGGCAAAUAAUAACAAAAUUUUAAACUAACGUGGCCAGUUAGCGCUAAUAAAAUUUGCGUUUUCGGAAAUAUAUAAGUGGUUGUAGUAUUUACUGUAAAAAUCAUGAUACAGAAGGAUAUCUCUAUCGAACGCCCAGGAUGGUCGAAACUUUUGAUACUAGCUGGGGCUUCAACCACCAUAGGAUUAUCCCAAACUGUAGGUUAUAACCUUGGAGUGGUUAAUACACCCGCAGAGGUUAUAAAAAAAUUCUGCAAUGACACUAUUUUCAAUCGUUACGGACAAUAUCCAGGAAAAUAUCAACUUGAUUUAAUAUGGUCAUUUAUUGUAUCAAUGUUUCUGGUUGGAGGUGCUGUUGGUUCCUUGGGUGGUUCCUAUCUUGCUGACAAAAUUGGACGCAAAGGUGUUCUUAUACUUUGUACAGUAUUUCAAAUUUUGUCAGCGAUACUUUUUUUGGUAUCUAAACCUAGCGGCUUAAUGGAAUUAUUAUUUGUCGGAAGACUGCUUUCAGGAUUCGCUUCAGGUCUUACAACUACUGUUGUUCCUAUGUAUUUGAUUGAAUUGGCCCCAUUGCACCUUCGCGGAGCAAUAGGAGUAUUAUGCCCUCUUGGAUUGACAAUAGGAGUAUUAGCAGGACAAAUUUUAUCGAUGCAUAACAUUUUAGGUAAUACCAAUUAUUGGCCUCACUGUUUGGCCGUCUACGCUGUGCCUGUCAUUUUAACUGCCUUAAUAUUGCCUAUAUUACCAGAGAGUCCUAAGUAUUUGUUUGUAAUAAAAAAGCAACAUCAUCUAGCGUUCCAACAAUUAAAGAGAAUAAGAAAGACAGGAGAGAAUUCUAUUAGGUUAGAAAUAGAGGAAUUGAAAAAAGAACAAGUAAACAACGAAAAAUCUACUGCAGAUAAUUGGAAUUUACGAAGAGUUCUUACUGAUCGUAGCCUUUUGUUACCUCUUUUAUUAGUGUGUAGUUUACAAGGUGGACAACAACUUAGCGGAAUAAAUGCGGUAUUUUUUUAUUCAAACAGAAUUUUCAUAGCUGCAGGAUUAUCGGUCGAAGAACGAGAAAUGGCAACAAUCGGUACAGGCAUAUGUAACUGUUUAAUGGCAAUAUUGUCGAUUUGGACGAUGUCUCGUUUUACUAGGAGAUUAUGUAUACAAGUUAGUCUUUUAACAUCGGCGGUUUGCCUUAUUACACUGGGCGUUUCUAUUAUGUAUAUUGAAUUAUACCCAUGGGUGGCUUUUUUAAGUAUUGUGGGCGUUCUGGGAUUUGUAUUAUGCUAUGGAAUUGGAUUGGGUCCUAUUCCAUACUUUGUCGGUUCUGAAUUGUUUGAAGUUGGACCCAGACCUACCGCCAUGGCUUUGGGAAGUAUGUGUAAUUGGGGUGGAAAUUUAAUCGUUGGAUUAACAUUUCCUACUUUGCAAUUAACUAUAGGAUCAGCGUCGUUUUUCAUUUUUGCCGCCGUAGUUUUAGGAUUGUUUGUAUUUUUAAGAGCUUACCUUCCCGAAACAAAAGGUAAAGAUAUCUCCGAAAUUGUCCAAUUAUGUAGCCCCGGCUUAGCAUUGUCAACGUUAGAAGCUAACGCCGAAGAGUCUUCUCAGGAAAUUGAAAAAUUGAAUAAAGUUGAUGCUUGAUCAGCUUACGUCUGUUUAUAAGUGUACUUAAUAUUUGUGCUUCCAUUUUAACAUAGUAUCGGUAAUGAAAUGUCGGAUAACUAUUAUGAGAAGUGCCUACAUUUUGUAAAUUCAAAUUCAAUUCAAUUAAUGAAUAGUUGAACGAUAAGUGACAUUUACUUUAAAACAUAACGUUAAAUAAAACCUAUGAAACCAUAGGUUUUCAUGAAAGCAAUAUAUGUUUUUGAGAUUUUCAAAUUUCAGACAUCUCCAUUGGUAUCUAAUCCGGCAAUAAUUGUUUUCCUACCUAUAUAUACGGUUGUUACUAAUAUUGUUGAGUGUUCAGGGAGGGUUUUUUUAGGAUUUUUUAGGAUUAAAAAAAUUUAUUAAAAAUGUACUGCCAAAGAA